AUGCGUCCUAAUAAUUGUACCAGGAGAUCAGAGGAGAAUCUUAUAUCUUCAGAUUAUAAAGCAGAUGAUGAUAUCACACAAGAUACAUAUGAAGAACAUUCCAUUAUCCCAGAUACACCCUCAGCCCUUCACAGCCAAGAUCUGUCAUCUCAUCCUUAUAUACAGGUCCUGUCUUCUCAGUCAUCACAGGAUGUUCAGCAAAAUAAAGGUCACAGAAGGGGUGCUGGACAUCAAAGACAUUGUGCAGGGAAGAAGCAAUAUUCAUGUUCAGUAUGUGGAAAAUGUUUUACUUCUAAAUCAAGUCUUGUUGAACAUCAGAGAACUCACACAGGGGAUAAACCAUUUUUAUGUUCAGAAUGUGGAAAAUGUUUUACUUUUAAAUCACGGCUUGUUAGACAUCAGAGAAUUCACACAGGAGAGAAGCCAUUUGUAUGUUCAGAAUGUGGAAAAUAUUUUACUCAGAAAUCACAUCUGUCUGAACAUCAAAAAAUUCAUAUUGGAGAGAAGCCAUUUUCAUGUUCAGAAUGUGGAAAAUGUUUUACUCAGAGAUCACAUCUGUCUGAACAUCAAAAAAUUCAUAUUGGAGAGAAGCCAUUUUCAUGUUCAGAAUGUGAAAAAUGUUUUACUCAGAGAUCACAUCUGUCUGAACAUCAAAAAAUUCAUAUUGGAGAGAAGCCAUUUUUAUGCUCAGAAUGUGGAAAAUGUUUAACUUCCAAAUCAUGGCUUGUUCAACAUCAGAGAACCCACACAGGAGAGAAGCCAUAUUCAUGUGCAGAAUGUGGAAAAUGUUUUACUCGAAAAGCAAGUCUUCUUAUACACCAAAGAACGCACACAAAGUAGCCUUCUAACUUGUCAAAUUGUACAAAAACUACAACAUUGCAGUCAAAGUCACAAGAGAGAUCACUUUAGAGCAAUAAAUUUACAUGGGAAAAGUAUUAGUAUUCCAGAAAAUGUCUGAUAUACAAAAUGCAAAUAGAAUCCAAAUAACACAUCUGUAUAUAUGUCCCU